AUGGGCGCUGCCAGUUGCACCGAGAAGUGCAGCUGGUCUCCCAGUUGCGACCGAGACGGUGGCGUCUAUCUGGACUUCGUCACGGCGAUUCCCAGCCACGGCUCCUGCGGUGCCUUUGACGAAGAACUCAUCGAGGUCGAGUGCCCCGCGGGCGCCACGUUUCCGGAGACGGUGCAGAACCUCAACGCCUUAGAUCGGCAUUUUCUGCACUUUUGUGGCUCUUCCAAUGUGGUGGUUGUCAGAUGGCUCUUGCACUUCGGGGCAUCCCCAUUUGCCCACGAUUCCAACAACACCACUGGCGUGCAUGUUGCUUGCAGGGCAGGCUCAGCUGGCGUCCUGCAGGAGCUUCUGAGGCAUCGCCCCUCCUUGGAUCGCGCGGAUGUAGCUGGGUGGACUCCGCUCCAUGUAGCUGCACGGAUGUCCCGAUGCAGUCUGGUGGUGAUUCUGCUGAAGGUUGGAGCGCCAUUGGGAUCUCGAAAUUCCCAUGGCGAACUUCCAUCAGAGAUGUGUUUGGACGAGGCAACACACAUGGCAUUCUCCUCGUACCAGGAGCAUCUGUUUUCAUCAUCGAGAUCCCCUUGGAGCUUCCAAGUGGACAGACCAGAUGCUGAAGAUGCAGAGGCCCCUCUUCCAACGCCUUUCUUUACCCCGCAGCAUCCUAUUGCCAGUUUCCGCGGCCACAAAGACGCCUCGCAGAUCGGCGUGCGAAUCUUCAACGCCCAGCCGGGCUACGGCAUUGCCUUCAUCCGAGCGGUGGGACUGGUUCACGACUACCCCCGGAGCGCCUCCAAGUUUCUGUUGCAGGAGACGGUGGAUCGCAAGGCUGUUGGCAAUUUCCUCGGCGAAACCUUCGCCAUGUGCGACACUCUGCGGCUGGCAUUUUUCAGCCGCUGUGAUCUGUGGAACACCGGAGUGGUCUCGGCGCUUCUGCAAGCAUGUCAUGGUUUGGAAUGGCCUGACGAUCUACAAAAAGUGAAUCGUUUGGUCCAUGCUCUCGCCAUCAACUGGUGGACCUGCCAUGAAGAGUUUGCAGAUGAAGAGGUAUUGCAACCUGAUGAUCUGGACGAAAUCCGAGGAUUAGAGUUGAAAAGUAAGCUGGGCAACGCUGAAAAUUUGUCAUUUUUAUUCCUCUCCUGUCUCUGUUUGCAUCACUAUUUGCACGAAUGUGCUGGCCGAAUGGAGCCAGAAAUCUGGCGCAAAUUUCAUGAAUCCAUCGAAACUGUUCCUCCAGUGGUGCUGCACAAGAUCUUUGCGGUGAUCAGACGCCACUGGAUACCACAGUUCAGCAUCCCGUUUUUGUCUUCAAAAAACUUCAAGAGAUGUGAACCUCUGCCUGUCAGAAGCAGUUCCUUGCCGUGGCUUCACGGUAUCCCUGCUAUUCAGGGUUGGCUGUCAGUGGAAAGCACUCCUCCACAUGAUAUUGGCUAUCGAUCCAAACGAGAACUUUGGAUCAGCAUCUCAUUGGGACUGCUGUGUUUUUCCCUAUCUCCCAGUUCUGCUGCCCCUGAAGCCUGUUUGGCGUUGACCGGACUGCAGUCCCAUUGGGACGGAGAACGAGUGGUGCUGCAGAAACACAGCGGCAGCCGAUCGGAUGCUGCUGCCACCGCGGGGAAAGCGGAUGUGAUGCUGGCGCAUCUGAAAGCUGAUGGCAGUUGGAAGGAAUGCCAAUUUCAGAAGAUGGAGCUAAGUAUUGGACCGUCCUCACAGGAAGAUCCUCAGAAGUGGCUCCAAUGGUUGGCAGAUUCGGCCAUUGACAUUAAUUCAGUGUAG